CACUGGCUGGACUGGUGGUUCGUUUGUAUUCCUUUUAUGCAGCAAGCUCGGCAUUGCAUCGGAAAUUCUGUAAUAUUAGCUAUUAAUCAUCGUGCGAUUAAAGUUCUCUUUAAAUAGUGCAACGAUUGACACUAUUUGCUAUUAGUGCUGUUAUCGUGCACGAGAGCAUACCGGAGGAAGCAGCAACAAUGGAAAACCUAACCAUAAACGAACUGUACACCUCGGAGAAGCGCGGCAGUGACGAGUCCGGCGAUGGAACCGCCGAGAAACCCUUCAAGACUAUCAUGCAGGCGAUGCGCCACGCUGGUAAGGAACCCUUCCCGACGAUCUACGGCGACGCCAAGGACGAAAAAUCCGAAUCGCCGUACGAGGUAGCGACCAAGUCGCAGCUCAAGAAGAUCCAAAAGCUCUGGCUUCGGGAGAGCUCAAAGAGCGCUGACAAGCAGAAGCGCGAAGAAGAGGAUGCCAAGAAGCGUGAACAGAAUAUGGAGGAAGCGAAGAAGAUCGUCAUCAAGGAGGAUCCCGCUUGGCCAGCAGCGAAGCUGAUCAAGAUCUCCAAGGGCGGUGAGAACCGAGGCAUUCGUGUCAAGAUCUACGGAUGGGUACAUCGGUUGAGACGGCAGGGAAAGGGUUUGAUGUUUAUUACGCUUCGCGACGGAACGGGCUUCCUGCAGUGCGUGCUGAACGAUGUGCAGUGCCAAACGUACAAUGCCUUGGUUCUGUCGACGGAAUCUUCCGUGCAACUGUUUGGCACACUGAAGGAAGUUCCGGAAGGUAAGAGUGCUCCCGGAGGGCACGAGCUGCACGUGGAUUAUUGGGAACUGAUCGGGUUGGCUCCGGCUGGUGGUGCCGAUACGAUUUUGAACGAAGAAGCCCAUCCUGACGUACAGCUGGACAAUAGGCACAUUAUGAUUCGUGGUGAGAACACUUCCAAGAUUCUCAAGAUGCGAGACGUGAUCAUGGAUGCUUUCCGGGCGCAUUAUCAUGACCGUGGAUACACGGAGGUGACGCCUCCAACGCUGGUGCAGACCCAGGUCGAAGGUGGUUCCACGCUCUUCAAGCUUAACUAUUUUGGAGAGGAAGCCUUCCUGACUCAAAGCUCUCAGCUGUAUCUGGAAACGUGUCUACCGGCGCUGGGAGAUGUCUACUGUAUCGCGCAGAGCUAUCGCGCCGAGCAGAGCCGAACUCGUCGUCACUUGGCUGAAUACAGUCACGUCGAGGCCGAGUGUCCGUUCAUCUCGUUCGAUGAAUUGCUGGAUCGACUGGAAGAUUUGGUGGUGGACGUCGUCGAUCGAGUUCUCAAGUCUCCGUGGGGUUAUAUGGUGAAAGAACUCAAUCCGGACUUUGUUCCACCGAAGACACCAUUCCGUCGUAUGAACUAUGCCGAUGCCAUCAUUUGGCUGAAGGAAAACAACGUGACCAAGGAUGACGGAACGUUCUACGAAUUUGGAGAAGACAUUCCGGAGGGACCGGAACGAAAAAUGACCGAUACAAUCAAUGAACCGAUUAUGUUGUGCCGUUUCCCGGCAGAAAUCAAGUCGUUCUACAUGGCAAAGUGUCCGGAGGAUAGACGGCUGACUGAAAGCGUUGACGUGCUGCUGCCGAAUGUAGGUGAAAUUGUCGGAGGAUCGAUGAGGUCCUGGGAUUAUGAGGAACUAAUGGAGGGCUACAAGCGUGAAGGAAUCGAUCCCAAGGCGUACUACUGGUACAUCGAUCAGCGUAUCUACGGAUCCCAGCCCCACGGUGGCUAUGGAUUGGGAUUGGAGCGGUUGAUGUGCUGGCUGUUGAACCGGUACCACAUCCGAGAGGUUUGUCUGUAUCCAAGAUUCUUAGAAAGAUGCAAACCCUAAAUAUCGGCAAACCCUUCGCAUUUGAAUUGAAGCAUUUAUGGAACAUCUUUCAAGUCUCUGCUGAUAUCUUUCUGUAUUAGGAUAAUGGAAAUAAAUUGUAACUAAUGUCGCUUUCGUUUUUGCGGUGUAGCUACCGAAAUAAUUGAGGGUGUAGAUGUCGGUUGCAUCUUUGUAUACCAACAAAUUUUGUUGAGUUGUCAACGACUCGCGCUUAUUGCCGCUUACACUACGCCGCAAAACGGAAACGACAUAAGGUUGC